GUACAUACACAAAUCCAUCUAAGUUGGUGUACGUAGGUCCAAUUGAUUGAUGAGAAAUCAAAUUUUAGCAUAAGAAAAUCUAUUUAUUUGUAUAGAUUAAAUUAAGUUUGAAAAUACAGAUCCCUUGUGUUGAAAAUUCUAAAUUUUUCACAAGAAAAAAUAUUUAUUUUUGAACAAAUGUACUGCGCUAGUGAAGCUUCUUUAACAUAAUGGCAUAAAUGAGUUACUUGAAUUAUAUUUAUUCUAAAUUAUGCUAUGUGUGUAUUAUUAUCAGAUCGUAUUUUAUAUUGUGAAACAUUGAACUGAAUAUUAAUUGUAUUGUACUUAAUAGGCUUAAGAAUGAAUGUACAUACAUAUAUGAAUUACAAAGUAAUACUUACACACAUAAAUAUAUAUAUACAUACGCAUACGUGCAUAUAAAUACAUACUUGUAUUUAGGCCUACGAAUCAAAGGAAAAUGGCUCAAAAUUAAUUUUUAAAUUUAGGAAAAGUAAAAGAACAAAUGAAUAAAUCGGAACUGCAAUGGAAUAACCAUUAUAAAUCUCUUUUAUUUUUGCUUCAUUCUUAAGCGGGAAUCACACUAUUUGUACAUUUGUGCAUAUUUUAUUUUACGAUAGUCGCAGAGUGGUGUUGUCUAGAAAUUUUUAUCGAAAAUGAGUUCAACUCAAUUAAAAAAUGUACAAACAACCGCAUUUUGUAACUGUCCAAAUGUGCAAAUGGUGUGAUCCCAGCUUUAUAUACAUCAUAAAUGUACAUCGCCUGCAAAUCGAUAAUUUACACUAAAUAAUUUAGUUAGUUAUUUGUGGUGUAUGAAUAUUGUAAUUUGUUAUACACAAUUGGUGAAGUUGCAUUAAUCAAAUAAGUUGCCUGUAGUUAACAAAUUAGCACAAUUUUUUCAAUCGAAACACACGGUAUUGGUCUAAAAUGCGCACAAAAAUGCACUACACCUACAUACAUAUUUAUAUGCAAGUAUGACGUUUGAAUGUUUUGUUAUAAGGAGUAAUUGGUUUCGGAGCCGUGUUAAAAAAAAAAUAAAUUUGUUUGAGAAAUAUUUUUUUCUGAAUAAAAGUAUUUAUUUUAAAUGUAGAUAAAUACCUAACAAAAAUGUUAAAUCGUAAUUUUUAUACAUUGUUCAAAACGUUAAAGAAAAUGUUGCAUGCAGUUAUUUUUGAUGAGCGAUUAUGUAAAUAACAAUUUUUUGAACAUGAAUUUAAAAAGCAUUGUACCACAUAUUAUUCCAUUUUGAAGCAAUUUUGAGCUUCGCCGUAGUCGAAAUGCGCUUUUGUGAGCCGAAGUAAUUUUAAGUGAAUGAAAUAGCAAGACAGAUCGAACGCUUAUGUUACCAGCAAACUAAGAAUUUAUUUUCGUACUAUAUCUUAAUUACCGCCGAAAGCGAAUAAGGCGAAUGCAAAAAAAUUAUCUACGAUUUGCGGCAAAUUUUAUUUAAUCAACUCACAAUGAACUUACCUUUCUAACUGAACUGGAUGAUGAUUGCCCACUCACCAUAAACUGCUAUCAACCACAAAUUUUAUCAACCUCACUAGUCGACAAAAAUCAAAUGCCCAAUGCAACUUAAAACGAAAAAAAAACAAAAAUAAACAAACCAACGAACUUAAAACAUUUCUUAAAUUUUUAUUCAUAGUUUUGUCAAUUUUAAUUAAGGAAUGGCCCAGCUUUACUUGUUAAAAUCAUAGGCAUAAAUUAUAGUGUGACUACAAGCGCAAAUUUGUAUAUCUUGCUUCAUAUUAAUUGAUUAUUGGUUCCAUAUCAGAAAAAACAAUUUUUCGUCAAACAAUCGCAAGCACAAAUAGUUGUAAGCUUAACCCUUAAGCUACUUAAAUUCGAUCUUCCAUAACUGGAAAGAAUAAAAAACGAACUUUAUUUUAUCGAAAAUUUAUCCAAAGUUUCGAAAAUGUUAAGAGCGUGAAUUUCCAAAAUUCUUAAACAGUAUCACAAAUAAUACACCUCGCAGCUUGAGGGUUAGGCGACUGAUAAGAUUGAUUUUUAUAUUUUAAUGUUAGCUAUAAAUGCUAAGUUAUAAUAAUUUAGAAUUUGAAAUAUUUUUAGUUCUUAAAAACAAAAAAAAAAUCAUAAGAACAUAAAACUAAACAAAAAACACCAUUAAAUCUACGUAACAUACUAUUGAGUAUACAUUUUACUUUGAGCAGUUCGCGAUUUCGCAUUGCAUACAGCUAUUCGUCGUAUACCUGAGCGUAUCAGCGCGAUUGCAACGUUGUUUAGCGGUUAUAAAAUCAAAAAACCUUCACUAGCACAUAGCACCGCUAUGGCGAAAAACAGCGGCAGCAAAACUACCCUCGCCGGCAGCAAAAUAAAGUCCACACACAAUUCUCGCGAAACGAAUACAGCGCCGGGCCCGAGUAAACGCGUCACUAUCUCACCCCAAACCUUCUCCAGUCCGCUUUCAGCACAGCGCAAUUCCUCAACUUCACCAGUCAGUGUGCGUACAAAUAAUCCUAUUAUCACUACCGUUGAAGUAGCAACUGAUCCCAAACUGCAUAAAAAAUGCGCUGUGGUGAUGCAGGAAAAUGAGGAGGUUCUUAAGUACAAGAAGCAAGAGAUUGCCUUCAUUAACGAUUUGUUAGAGAAGCAGAGAGAAAUGCAGCGACAACGCGCUUUUAAGCGUCAAGAAUUUCAGAAUAUUUUAAAACAAAAGCGUGAGGAGGAUAAGCGAUUGAUGGCGGAAAUUGUAGAAAUCAAACGCCAGCGAGGUGAAGCACAAGAGAAGUCAUUGCUGGCGCAGGAACAAGAAGCCCCGCAGCGGCAACAACAGCCGCCGAGUAUUUUGAAUCGCAAACGAAUGCUUGUGAAAGAACGAAAAAUUAAACUUAAAGCAAAAACAGCAGCGCAAAGUCGUUCUACAGCACCUAAUCGCAUGGCGGGAUCGAAUGGGCAAAGUGUGUUAGAGGCGGCUGAAAAUAAGAAAGGUACCGCUGUGAGGAAAGCGACGAAAGUACACGUCUUGAAACUAACAGCUGGUGCUGAUCCAAAAGUGGAUGUGGCGAAAGAUGCAAAUAAUAUGAGUGCAAUGGGAAAGCAAGGCAAUAUGGCAGCAACUGUGACAUAUAUGCCAGCAGGAAUAGGAAAUGAUGCGGGCAAAACAACGAUAGAACUGGCAAAGAGGCGAGGCAACAGUGAAUCGGAAGAUACUGCCGUGGGAACAUUUGGUGCUAGCAGCACUCAAAUGCAGACUCCUGAAAUGUCGAGUAAAUCGUUGAAAACGGGUGACUUGGUCGCUUCUUAUGUUCUGAAAGAUCAAAAACAUGGCACUACACCAAAAUGGAAAAAUGUUGUAGAGGCAGCGAGCAAAACAAGUUUAUCUGAAAAACCAAAAAUACCGCAAGUAACAGCAGCAACGAUACCAACAUCGCAUACGCGACAUGCCAAAUCCAUGACUCCCACGCGCUCAAUAUCAAAAACACCGACAGCUAAAGCAGACGGAAAUGCAGCGCCAACUCGCAAAGGAUAUGCUCGUAAAGAUUUGCUGCUAAAUUCCUCACAUACAUUUUCCUCGCCCACUUCUUCCCGAAUGGAUUUAUUGCGCGCACCUUCAUUAUCGCCAUCAAUAUUUAGGAAUCGCAGUGGUGUGGAGGUGCGGCGUAGCAUGCAAGAUCCUUCUAGCAAUUCAGACUUCCCAUCGAACGCGCCUUCGUGGUUGCUGAAUUCAUCGCCACGCACGCUAACAAAAACAGUUAAGGUACGCUUGAAACGCUUGCAGCAUUUAAAUAUGAACUCUUCCUCGUCAAGUUCAUCUGAUAAAACAUCAAAUUUGAGGCCUGCAUCAACUAUACCUGUCUACCAAAAUGAAAACGGAACGAAAGAACAGCAACUGGAUGCCAAAAGAAGCACUGCAGAGUCAGUGGCUCCGACAUUAGAACUUGAACAUGAGAAAAUAGAACGUACAAAAAAGUUGAAAGAGCGGAUCAAGACGCAAUGGCUAGAGAUGGACGAAAAACUUGGUGCAGGCUACACAAAUAUUGUUGAAAAUGUACUUACAAAUACAUCUAAGGGAGUAACCCCCAAACCGCCAUCGCCCACGGUCGAAGAGCAUGACAAAAUAGAAUGUUCGCAAAAGUUAAAAGAGCGACUCAAGACGCAAUGGGAGAUGGACGAAAAAUAUACUGCCACCGUCACAAAAUACAUCACCGUUGCAAAUACAUCUAAGGAAGAAACCCCCAAACCGCCAUCGCCCACCGUCGAAGGGCGUGCUAAGAAAGCGAUACGACGGAAGACGCAACGAAAGCAACAACAAGUCAACCACAGUAAAAAGAUGAAAUUAUCAGAAAAGCCGUCGCGUAAACAAAAGGAAAACAAAACGCAACAGGAUAUCGCAAUUAAAGAGUGCAAGGUAAUCCCUGCCAAUGUAGCUGACAGUGCCAAGUUAGAUGUAGAUGAUGGAGGGCUGUGCAGCUGCAAUAACAGCCAAAGCGAAAAGAAAACAUUCAGUCUAGAAUCGGCGAGUGAAAACAAAAACGUCACAGAAAGUCUUUGCAAAACUCCGGUUGGCCUGGUAGACACUGCAGAAAACAGCGCGCAACAAGAAGUAACAGAGCAGCAGUCAUCGAAGAACGACGAAUGCGUGCCUAGUGACGAAGCAUUGCUAAGUAGUCGCGAAGAAAACAGUCCAAAUGUUCCAAUGGACAUGGAUGGUAGCAAUAUUGUCGAAAAGCACCUUAAAGGGAAGCAUACACACGGUGCCAUAGUGACGCAAGUUGUGGACGUGACACCGGGCAGACAUAUAAAGGAUAGUCUAUUGAGCGAUUUGAUACUAGCCACAGCAGCAACUAGAUCUUUAGUACCGAAAUCAAGUGAAUCAUGUGAUAGUGCGACUAAGGCAGUUAAUGCCAACGCACCUGCCAUAGAUUUGUCCAGUGCUGAGCAAGUUGAAGACGGCUGUCCGACACCUCUUUCCGCUGCCUUCCCAAGCGCCAAGCCAAGCUCACCGUUGACUGAGAAUCUCACUCCAAAGGUACAAGAGCAAAUAUCGAAUGAAAUGGUAGCAGCUGCUGCGAGUCUAACCAUGUUGGCAAAUACAACGAAAAAACCAUCAACAGCACUGAGCUUAAUCUCACACGAGCUGCAAAACGAAAAUGGUGACUCUCUACUGGCGACAGGCAUAAUAUUGCCAAAGAGACCAUCGUGCGAUUCGUUUUCGUCUAACAUCCAGAUUGUGCCGGAUCCACCAACUGUAAUUGGUUUGCAAAAGGAAUCGAAUUCUCGUUGCAUAACGCCCAUUGAUGGCCAUGACGAUGGCGCUGGCGCUGGCAACGCCGACGCAACUCAAAAUACAAAACCAUUAACAGUUAAAAAAUCUGACGAACUCGUACGCACCGCGUCCACUGUGUCUGAUGAUGAGGAAUCCAGUAGUGAUUGUCUGUUGUCGCAGCUAUCAAGACAUGUACAUAAAAUGUCCGAUUUGGAAAGCAUUGUUGAACCCACAACUGUGCAUGUGAUUAAGGGCGCUACUAUGACGCUGAUGAGUUUCGAAGCUACGCCCACGUUGCCAACAUACUUGCUCAACGGUGAAAGUCGUGAUGUACCUACACCGCCUGCUGUAGCAAUAUCGGCGCCGACACCUUUACCUAUUCCCAACGCGGAUGUGUCACCAGACACGGAUGAACAACGUCAUACAGAAACGCCAACAACGGCUUUGAUUGCAGAACCGGCGAAAAAUGAAUUGCCGCUGACGCCAACGACACAGAAUUCUAAAGAAAGAAUGGCCGCUGAGUUGGCGCAGCCAGAUUCGCUUGCGAUUGCAAGUGUUCCAGUAAAAGAACCUGAGCAAGUGUCAGUAAAGGAUUUACCAUCGGUGGCUGCACCCGUGCUGGCUGAACAGGAUGUCGGAAAGUUUAGUGAUCGCUCAUCUCACCAAAGUUUAACGCCACCAUUACAACUUGGACAGCAAUUUCAAGAUGCUAUGAAUUCACCACCACCGUCGAAUGCAGUAUCAAUAUCAUCCGAUCAUGAAGUUUCUUCAACACAAGAGCUCGUUUUUACACCGGAAAAGCGUUCUAAUUCCAAUACUCUCAACAAGUCAGCGGAUGUGUCAACUCCCACUAUCGUCGAAGAAACCGCUAUGGUAGUUCAAAAUAGCCAAAUCGAUACAACGCAUCACUUACCAGAAAACUCAUACCAUAUGCGCCGGCGCACGCGCAAAUUUUCUGAUGAGUCCAUAUUGCAUGAAAACAGAAAUGACGAUCCUGCCAAUAACGUCCCGCAACGACGACGAAAGACUUUUUCGUCUGAAUCGACUUUGCACGUACAAUUUACGUCCAACACUAUAUCCACACCCAAUGUGAACACCCUCACGAGCAGUAUUGCUACGAGCGGUACAAGUGUCGGUUUGAAUAGCGGUGGUGGUGGUGGUGUUGGUGGUGUUGGUGGAGGUAGUGGUGGCAGUUCGCCAUCUACGACCACUGAGCCGGUGACUAAACCAGCACAAACUCGACGACGCAAUCACACACAAAAGCGCAACAUUUCGCAACUGCCACUAUCUGCACGUAGCCGAGGAGGAAGAGGCGUUGGCAGCGCUAGUGAAUCGAAUGGCACUUUUGUAUUUGGUUGCAGUCGAUUGCAGACAUCUAAAGUUCAUCUAUCAGAUGUAGAACCGUGUGUUGUACUACCGGCGAGCGCUGUUGUGCCGCCCGUCAAUUUGGGUAAUAUUGCACACACCUAUUCGAAGGAUAGUAUGGCGCAAAUAAAGGUGUUCGUGCCGCCCGCUGUAGAUAUGUGCAUGGAGAAUGAGGGUGCGGAAAAGAAUGUGACAUUAAAAGCCUCAAAGAUCUCUGGCACUGAGGCGACUACAACAAGUCGUCGCGGCCGGCCGCCGGGCUCGUUAAAUAAGGGUCCGAAGAAGCCAAAGCUAAUUGAAUCAGCUGAGAAAACCAAAGCGAGAAAAACUGCGGUGAAUUUGUCAAAACCAAAGACUGCGCGCGCCGUAAAAAACCCUGUAAAUAAGCCUGUUGUCGCUAAGGAACUCCAAAAACUACAGAAUUUGAAAGCGGUGCAGCCAGCAAGACCACCACCUGCGCCAGUCAAAUCAAAAACGCCAGCGCGUACGAAGAAGGCCGACCGUGUGUCCAGUCGCAAACCGCAUUGGAAGACGAAUGAAAAUGAACGACUUCGUACAUUGCGGCCACGGUCCGAGGAACAGUUGAACCGCAUGAGAUUGGCUGGAGAAAUUUCACAAGCUGAGGUAACGGAUGAAGAGAUAGAAGAAAUUAAAGGAUGCGAAAUUGCAAGCGCUCAAGGUAUGGCGGAAGCUGUGGACUCGAAGUGGCAAAUAGCCGAAAUGCAACCGAUUGUGCUUGUGCAACGCAUUAGCUGGAUAAAGUAAAAAAUUUGUGGAAGGUGUUUAGUUGGAUAAUUUGAAAAUUAAUAAUCUCAAAUCCAUGAUUUAGGAGUUUAGUUUGGGCGUGUUUAGUUAUGAAAUGCUUUAUUUAACACGGUCCAUUGCCUUUAUGUGAUUGUACACAUUUUUUAUGUUGAUUUAGUUUUAAAAUAAUUGCCCAUAUAAAAAGAAAAUAAUAAUAAUAUUAAAAUAGAAAAGAAAAGAUUACUGUAAAAAGUACUGCCAGAGAAUAAUAAACAUACACAUUUUAAACAUAAAAUAUGAUCACACAUGUAGUUUACACAAAUAAACGAAAACACAUUAACCAAUGGAAAUACAGGAAAGCAAUGAAAAUAAGAAAUUUUGAAAAAAAAUUUACUACAUUAAUUUUUGCAGGCAUGUUGAAUGAAUAUUUAUUUUCUCAUUCACCUUGUUUAUAAAGUGCAUUAAUUCGUGUUAACUUAAAUCGUAUAAACGCGUGCAAAUUAACUGUGUUACACUGACACGAAUUUAUAUGAAACCGUAGUUAGUGUCGUAUAAACAAGGUAAUUGAUAGCUAAAUAAGCGUAUUUGGAUGUUGGAAAAUAAAAACUAAAUCUUACGAAGACUUGAAAGAAACAAGUAAUGAAAUUUGUACUGUAAAUAUUUAAGUUUUCUUGUCAUUCUAAUUUCAAUACAGGUUUCAACUAAUUUACUUAGACUGAUUGCAUUUUGUAUAUAUAAUUUUUACACUUGUUACGCUGUGUAUGCAUCUCAGCAAUACUCAAGUUGCUUUUUAUGAAAUCCAAAUCCGUUCCCGCGGAAUUCGUAAAUGAGUGAAAUACGACACGAAAUUAAUUUUCGAUUUCUGAGAUGAGCAAGGAAAUUAGCUUUGGCCGUGUAAACAUCACCAAGACGAAUUCAGAAAUGGUACCAAUGGUACAGCUGUUCUAGAAACAGUACUCGUUGGUAUAGUUCGGGACCCAUUUGGUACUAAGUCUUGGCCAUAUCGGAGGCGCGGUACGGUACGAUACGCGGUAACGUUAUAUGCAAAGGCAUUCAAACCGGCGCGGUACUUAAAGACUCGCGCCUUUUAUUUUAUUUUUGGUUUAUUCCACAAGCUGCUCAAACCACUCCAAGUUAAACGCAUGCGCAACCAAAUUUACUAAUAGAAACUAACACACACUUUACCCGAACUACGUCAUCAUCAGCAUAAAAAAAAAAAAGUUUUUUUUUUCUAAUAGCGAUCUCCCGACGGCAGGCAAUAGCAAACCUCCGCGUGUACUGUUAUGCUAAAGCUUCUAAUAAAAAUUAACAAAAGUAGUUAAUUAAUUUGCCCUUCGUAAUCGGCGUAAAACUGUAGAUCCCUACAUUGUACGACAACAACAUGACCAGGGUUGGGCAAAUUGCACUAAACCAAAAUUUUCACUACGCACAGUGCUUCCCUUCCAUAUAAAAUGUGGGCAAAAACAGAAUUAUGGACGGAUUCAAAUGAAAAGUUGCUUCUUAGUAAAAUUGAGGACGUUAAAUUGUAAUAUGUAAAUCAGGGUAAUUCCGGUUAUGUAGACCCGACUAUUCUUCAUUUAAUCCGCUUUGGUACCCAUCCCAGUCCACAGGAAAAUGAAAGCCCCCCAAAACCUUCUUAUCGUCUUUCGACAUCGUCCACAUUGCUAUGCCAAUUAAAAGAAACGGACAUGAUUUUGAAUUGCUGGCAAGAGUUAUUCUUCGCUUGAUCUGCAGCCAAUACAAUCAAAGACUUAACAAAAAUGUGAGCGAUAAAUAUUUAUAUUACCUUGUUUAUACCGACGCAUAAAGAGCUUUAAUCCCAGCAAACACAGUUUCAAACGUU